AUGUUAUCCUUUGAUCAACCAGCGGUUUACCAAGCCGCAAAAUCCCAUGUAACGCACGGAGUAAUGGGCCAUAUCGACCCAAGGCAGCUUCCAUCGAAGUCGAAACCAUGGGCCACACUCACAAGCCAGGAUUUCGUCCACAGAGCCGAUUUGAUCAUACCCGAAGAACUCUUGGAAUUAGUUCAAGAAAAGCUGCUAACAGAGGAGCGUGCGCCGAAGUACUCAAGGGUUGUCAUGUCGCUGCAUGAUAUACUCUCCGGGAGCUUUUUUACGGAAUACAUCAAGAUUGGGAACAUUUCAAUGCUCUCUGAGGGCCGGAGGGGAAUCGACAAUGUGUUUUUCAUUCGGGCAGGUGUACUCACGAUGUACCUCGAUAAAGAAACAUACGAGCGGGCAGGUCUAGUUGGGAAACCUCACGGAGUCAAGGGGAAGCGCAAUGGAAAGCGUCGAUGGAUUGUCGAAUUCGACCUUACUGGACCAUCAAUGUUUCCAGGGAAGAAAGGCUUUGACAAGCUGGUAUAUGCGAGCAAGAAUGCUCUCGCAAAACCCAUCACUUGGUUGUUCUCCAAUGUAUCCGAGACAACGCCCAACCCAGACCCCCUUUUACAGUUCUCGCCAACCACCCGUAUCGCCUCUCCCAACCACUCGGAAGCCAUCGGCGCCCUUAUCCCGGAGCUCAGUGUAGAUGCCGACCUGCUCUCAACCAACCGCCGAGAAAACUUCGAGGACUUCGUGACUGGCUUGUAUGAGUGGCUUGCCCUCAUUCGUCUCCAGAGCCCUCGAAUCCAAACCGGAGACCAGAUCGAUCCGUAUCUCUCCCGAUAUGAAGUCCCGGGGGCCAGUGGCAAAGAAGGAAAGGUCUGCAAGAUCAGCUGGCAGGGUUUCCUCGCCCCAUCGUGGUCCCGGCAGACCCUCAUCGACAUUGUCACGACCGUACCCCAUAAAGCGUGGUUUUCAUUUAGCACAACCACCUUCUCGAGAGGUCUGACCGGGGACAACGCGGAGUGUACCAUCCUCCGUCCGCCGAACUCGUCGGGAGAGUAUCUCAUGUGGGAGGUGAAGAGCCAUGAAUGA